AUGGAUCUCUUCCGUCGCUAUCAAAGUUCUUAUCCCUCUCGACCAUCACCACUCGGGGGCUCCCAGGAGCCGCGUGAUGAUCGCGUUCGACAACCCGUUGGUCUCUCAGCCACUUCCGAUCUACCUCGUCGCGCAGAGAAUGAGACGGUGCGACCAACCGGUCGUUCCGAUUAUGCCAGCUCAGCAUCGCAUCUAUAUUCCACGAGCGUGUCGCGGGAGACGCAAGGGGUCCGGGGAGAGAAUGCUGGGUCGGCGACCUCUCCACCACGGAAUCAGCAUGCACAUCAGCAGCACCAGCGCGACAAUAGCUUUGAGACACCGGCAAAUCUACACAAACACCGUCGAAUCCCUUCACAACCGCGAGGGGUAUCUAUGAGAGAAGGAUCGCAAGAUUCAUCAGUCCCCUUGGCUUUUGGUAGCCGCCAGAUGCCUCCUCCCUCUCCUCCACAUUCGUAUGGACCCCGAUCGCAAUCCGCCAAUGCAGGCGCUUCAUCCCUACUUUCCCGCGAACCGCCCGCCGUCCCAUCUCACCGCCCCGGUAGUAGCAUGUCCAUCUCCGCCAUGCUAGGAUCGGACUCGGAGCGUCCAGCACGCGAAACUGGCCCGUCUCUCUUUUCCCGUCCAGUUGGCGCGUCGAUAUUUGGCAACCCUCCCCCGUCCAACGCCACCGCUAUGUCACCACCCACAGGUCCUUCCCGACCUUCACCACUGGACCAACCAGCUUAUCGUCGAUCACACACGCCGGACAAGUCCUUUUCACGGCCAUCCAUGGGCCGGCCAUACCGGUCUGGAUCCGGCGGCGGAUCGAGCAUUGUUGGGGGCGUGGAGCAGGCACAGUUUGGGGGUUUGCCGCCACGCGCCUCAUCGGCUCAAUAUCCCGAGAAAUCGCGCUCUACGCAUCCGUCUCCUCAGAUUGCUGCGUCAGAACCCCUCUAUCACGAGUCCCGGCGAAUGAGCUUCAGUGGGCCCAUCGGCCGGCCUAGUAGCCAACCACCUAACAAUGACUUUUCCUCACGUCCACCCGGUUACAGCCCCCUUUCGCGCCCGUCCACCGUCACGCAUGACCGAUAUGAAACUGGAUCACGUGCCGGGUCUGCCUAUGCAACCUCCGAUCACCAUACGCGAGAACCACCGACUCGUUAUGGGAGCAUAUUCGGAGACCGUCGCCCGGAAGAUACUGCGUCGAGGGACCGAGAGCGGGACAGGGAACGCGAAAGGGGACGUGAGAGAGACCGCAUGUUUCACGACGGAGAUGCCAAGGGAUCGCUGGGAAACACAACGCGCUUUGGAUCUCUAUACGGUGACCGCGAGCCAACCGCGCCUUACUCCAGUGCACCCGCGUGGGAGCAAAUUCGCUCUCAUCCGUCAUCGCCCGAAUCGAAGCGCUUCCCGGCGCCGGACUCGGGCCCGGGCUUUGGGUUUGGUGCCAUUCAGAGUUACACAAAGUCCUUGGGUUCUCAGCCAGGAGGUGCACGGCCAUCGUCCCUGUCGGUUCAAACCGGGCAGGGUCAGCUUUCUCCCACACAACGCGAAUCACCCUACGUCGCCAAAUCGCAGUCUCAGCCCGGGCGCCUGGGGCCCACGGCAUCGACAGCGCCCUCACUUGCGUUCCCCGCCGCCGAGGAGUUGAGUCGUCGUAAAGGUAGUGAAGAUCUUCUCCACCACCGCAACCUUCUCUCUCUCGGCGUGGAUGCCAAGCGUGGCGGGCGAGCCUCUCCGCUACCACAGGCUGUCCAGGGGGCCCAGGCCCCGUUCAUCGGCCCCUCCGGUGAGCCGGGGAUCAAGAAUGAAUUAGGACGGGUCUUUUCUGGCAUUGGGAGUGGUGUUGGCGGCGUGACCGCCGGAUCGUCCGGGAGUGGCCCGUCAACCCCUUUAAUUGCCAGUCCCUUUAAGCGUGACAGUCUCACUGGGCGCUCGAUCAAUGGUGACGCCGAAGAGGCGAAGAUUGUCCGACCAGUCUCGGCCACGAGUCAGCGACGAUCACGGAAACCCCGCGAAGAGGAAGUCCCCAGUGAGGAAGCAGUCUCAGGAUCUUCCACUCGAGGCCGCCGUUCCCGGCAUCUCCACCAUCACCAUCAUCAGUAUGAACCCCCUUCAAGCGGAAAUGCUCGCGAGUCCCCUUAUGAGUAUGUGGCUAACAACGAGUCUGCUAGUCAUCAUCACCACCGCCACAAGGGGGAUGAAGACAUCACCCCUGGAGGGCCUCAUCGGCCCUCAGCGAAUGCUCUAUCCGGUCGGACUUCCACGCCCGCCGAGCAUCCUGCUGGCCACCACCACCAUCAUCAUCACCACCAUCACCAUCACGUGGCUCGAUCGGCCGCGACCAUGCCGGCGUCUCCACUUCGAGAACCCCGGACGACUGUGAACCUUGAGCCCCUUCUCUCGAGCGUGGCGCAUCUUCCACGGUACCACCUCGGAUCUACACUGUACAAACCGCAGAUUGGCGUUCCGGGUGUGAAGGCGUCGUCGGAAAGCUCCAAAUUUGGCUACACGACCACCCCUCAUCCACUUCCUCGAUUCGACCAGCGGGAAAACUGCACUUUUACCGUUCGAGUCCCGCGGUUCCGCGUGGAUGCGGCUCGGCGCGAAGAGAUCUGCGCCCGUCGUGCCCUCUGGGGAACGGGCGUCUACACGGACGAUUCCGAUCCCGUCGCGGCUGCCAUCCACUCGGGGUACAUCCGCGGCGCUUGGGGUGACGAUGUUGAUGAAAGCAUGCUUGAUCUCGAGAUCAAGGACACGUAUCAACAUGCACCCCCGCCGUCUCCGGAAGAAGACGGUGGCAAACCGCGAUUGCCCCCCGUGCCCCCCGAAGACAAAGAUCUUCACGUCACCUUGCUCAUCUUGCCGCGUGUGGACCGAUAUGAAUCGACCGUCAUGUUUGGCCUCAAAUCCCGUGAAUGGACUGGUCGGCACGAUGGCCUGAGCUUCAAGGUCCACCGCGUGGAGUGGGUCGACGAAGGUGUUGGGCGCGGGGAAGAGCGAAGCGGCGAGGCCCGACGGAAGCGUCUGCGGACGCUGAUGCAGACCGGCCGCAUCUGUACGGGGCCCGCCAUGGCGAAACUAGAUGAGCUUCGACGCAGUGGCGUUCAGAUUCCCCGGUCGCUCAAAGAUCAGGGGCAGCCAACGCCCGUACCGCUGGUCUCCUAA